AUGCGGACGAUAUGCCUCCACAAGAGCCAGUGGGGAAAGACUUUGGCGUGCAGCUGCAGCAUUCUGCUGACAUGGCUGCUGUCUUUCAGGUCGCCCACACUGCAGCUUUGUGCAUCUGGAGCCGGAGCAGGCAUUGAGCCUCGGAGCAUUGAAUUGCGUCGUGGUCUUCGGAUUCCACGGCUGGGAUUUGGCACGGGCAGGCCAGGAGGCUCUCGAGACCCAGGGGUCACGUUGGAGCAGGGUCGAAAGAGACUGGUGGAUGCGGUCAACGCGGCUAUUCAUGCAGGCUAUCGGCUGGUUGACACUAGCCUAUCCUCAGGCAUGGAGUCAACCAUCAUAGAAGGCAUUCGGAAGUCUGGCGUGCAGCCGAGCGAAGUUGUCAUUGCCACGAAGCUGCUUAAGCACGCGCAUUCUUCUCCUGCCGCUGUGCGCUCUUCUUUGGAAGAUUCCUUGCGCAACUUGAAGUGCGAUUGCAUUGACCUGUACCUGUUGCAGAGCCCCAGAGGCGGCAUGAUCAGCAAGGUUUGGACCCAGCUGCUGGCUCUCCGAGAUGCGGGUUUAAUCCGUGCUGUGGGCGUGUCUAACUUCGGCGUGCAGCAGCUCGAGGGCAUGCGAAUCUCUGGCCUGGAGCUCCCGGAAGUGAACCAAGUGGAGGUCCACUGCUGGAGGCAGAUGCAUGAGCUGACGGCGUACCACCGGAAACACCGAAUCGCCACCAUGCAGAUGGCACCGCUGGCCCGAGGGGAAAUGUUCAACAAAACUGAUGUGGCAAACAUCGCACGUGAAGUUGGGUGCAGUGAGGCGGCUGUCGCCGUUCGAUGGAGCAUGCAGAUGGGUUUCAUCCCGCUCCCCAGGUCUGUGCGACCGGACCGAAUCCGCGAAAAUUCAGCAGCAGGCGUUACACUCACGGAGUGUCAAAUGGAAAGGAUAGCCAGGGUGGACUCGAACUACACCUCAUGCACGAAGGCAUCUCCGUGCUCGAGGCUUCCAUGGCCAGCCGUUGCUGAGCAAAUUCCGGAUAAGGCGAUGUGGGACGAAAGCAAGCAGCGUAAGGCUGAAGCAGCCAAGUUCCGGCAAGAGCGAAGCAAGGAACGAGCUCAGAAGGCCGUGAUGAAGAUGCAGCGCCAGCUCGCUUCACAGGCUGAAGUUGCAGCUCGCAGGAGGUCAAGGUCUGCCAAAGAAGCAGGCCCCGACUGCCAGCGCCACUUCCUCGACGAGGCUUCCCUCCUGGAGCAUAUCGCGGCAAUUCAUGGGCGUGCUCUUUCUGUCCCGGGAAACAGGUUUGGCGGACAAUCUGACCAGCUUGAUCUGCUUCACUCGUGCUCUCCAGAGAAGCACCCAAGAUGUGACGAAAUCCUGGAGCACCUUCAGCUGGUAUCACUAGGAUCCUUUUGUGGGAUGAAGCUGUCGAUUCAGCGGCUUGGUCUGGGAACUGCACACCUUCCUUUCGACUGGAUUCGGAGCACACAAGCAGGAGUCGAGCGUUUUCUCAAGACCGGCUUUAGCGAGUUCUUCUGUGUGGCCAGGAAGCUGGAAAUCGAGUCUGCUGCGUUGACGGUGCAUCGCGGAGAAUAUCAUUCCUUUUGGCACGAUGACGUCAGCCAAGCUGUGGUGAGAGAGAAGCUACGCCGACGCAUUCUCCGAUUCCUGGACUUGGCAAAGGGCUUUCGCAAUCAGUCGCGGGACGUCCUCUUCCUACGCAGCUGCGCAUGCUCCUCCGAGCUCCAUCAUGUCGAGGAUCUCUACGCUGCUCUAACCCAGUGUUUCACAUCUGGACAAGAGAACAGUCCGCGGGUGCUGCUGGCGAUCAUCGUUGAUGGCCAGGUACAGCGCCAGGGUCCCAUUCGUCAUGCUUCACUGCCAGGCCUUGUUUUCUUCACGCAGGAGCAACUGAGUGAAGAAGAUGGAGCAGAUAGUCAGGCAUACUGUUGGGCAAUUGGCGCGGCCUGUGACGCAGCGCUCUGGGACUGUGCGCAAGGAUUUGCCGUUCAGCCCGGUCAACGAGUGGUCAAGAGCGGCACGGAGCUAGCCGAUGGUGGCGAAUGGUAUCCGCCUCUGCAGUUCUGCGAGGCAGGCCUGCAUUCAGGUUACGGCGUAAGCUGCUUUGAAGCACCCGGAGCAGCACACCUGAACCUGGAUGCUGAUUGUGGCCGUGACAUGGACAAUCCGGCGUCCGAACACAAGAAAAUGCUGCAAGGGAACAAGGGCGCCUAG